AGCUGGCUCUGACAGCCUCAGCGUAGUCAAAAAUUCUAAUUGUGUAGCUAUCAAAUUUAGCAAUACUUUUUUGUUUAUUUCUCGUGAAUCUUUGAAAGUUAAACUUUAAUUUAGAAAAUGUUUCCAUACCUCGCAAGUAGUCGAGUGAAUCUUCAGCUAUAUCAAGAAACUGCAUGUCGGGAACUCUUAGAAAUACUUGAAAAAUGUGAUGGAUCAAAAACAAUCGUGUUGGAUGACAAUCUUUUUGGUCCCAUUUUUUUGGUAGCCAGACCCAGCCUUUUUUCCGAGAGAAAUAUAACAAUAGAACGCCUACGCCCAGAUACACGCUUUUCUAAAGAUGUUAAAAAUAUAAUUUACAUUACACGGCCUGAGUUGAAGCAUAUGGACAUUAUUGCCAGUCACAUCCAUGGCGGUUUGCCAUCCGAUAACCGAACAUUCUAUUUAUACUUCGUCCCUCGCAAAUCUUGCCUUUGCACAAAGCAACUGGAAAUCAAAGGCGUCUACGGCAAUUUCGCAAACAUUGAUAACCUACCGUGGAUCUUUUUCCCAGUUGAUAAAGAUAUUCUGUCGAUGGAACUACCGAAUAGCUUCAGAGAUCUCGCUCUAGACGAUGAUCUCACAUGCCUGUACCAAGCUGCCAUUGGCUUGGUUCACAUUCAAAAAAUAUAUGGCCGCAUACCAAAGAUUUACGGAAAAGGGAAAUUUGCACUAAAAGUAUGGGAACACGCCAAACUAAUGGGUACCGAGGACAAGACUAUGUUUAACUCGGAUAAAGGUGCAAUCGAUCAAAUGAUAAUUCUUGAUCGUAGCAUAGACUUAAUGAGUGUUUUAGCCACUCAAUUAACAUAUGAAGGACUUAUAGAUGAGAUUUACUCAAUUCGUCAGAACAAAGUAUCGCUUCCAGGGAAAAAUUUUUCAAAAGCCAGCGAUGACGCGAACUUAGUUGCUGAACAAAAAAUUCUUUGUUUAAACUCAGAUGAAAAACUCUAUGGUGAAUUGCGAGAUAAGAACUUCAAUGAAGUUGGCAAAAUCCUUUCGAAGCGUGCGAAAGAAAUAAGUUCGCAAAUGGAAACUAACUAUCAAGACAAAUCUGUUCAGGAUAUGAAAAUAUUAGUUUUUAGACUGCCAGAACUUAUGAAUCAAAAGAAAUCGGUUGCCACUCAUACCACAGUUGCUGAGUUAAUAAGAGAAUAUUUAGAUACUUAUGAAUUUGCCGAUGAUUUAUCUGCGGAACAAGAAUUCAUGGUUUGCGAAGAUAUUGAUAAACAGAGUGCAUAUAUUGAAGAUUUAAUAGCAAAAAAAUCGGAUCUCCGAAAUGUGCUGCGGUUGAUGUGUAUUCAAUGUGCGGCUGCUUCGGGGUUUAAGCAAAAGGUUUUGGAUUAUUAUAAAAGAGAAUUAGUCCAAGUUUAUGGAAUUCAGACUCUUCUUUCUAUAAGUAAUUUGGAAAAAACAGGACUUCUAAAAACCCAAACUGAGAAUCGACCAUAUGCUGUCCUUAGAAAGACUCUGAACUUGACAGUGGACGAUGUUGUUGAAGUAGCACCAAAAGACAUAAGUUAUGUGCACAGUUUUUACGCUCCCCUAACCGUGCGGAUUGUUGAACAAAGCCUUAAACCACUCGGUUGGCAAUCUCUUAAGAGUUCAAUAAACGUCCUACCUGGUAAAACAUUUGAUGACUUCCAAGCACAGCUUAUUGGAAUCAACGGCCGUCAGUCGUCUACACCAAGUGAAGGAUCUUCACUAAAUGUACCUCGUGUUGUUCUCGUUUUUUUCGUAGGUGGGUGUACUUUCGCUGAAAUAUCAGCGCUACGGUUUUUAUCGCAACAAGAAGACAACAAUGUUGAAUUUGUUAUUGCAACCACAAAACUUUUAAACAAAAAUUCAUUCCUAGACACUUUAAUUGAAUUUGCCUGAAUAGAUGUACUAUGUAUGUUAAUCAAUAUAUAAAAAUACUUACACUUAUAAUCCUAAUAUAUAAUAUAUUAUAUCUAUAAAUAAAUAGUUUCUAUUAAAAUAUCUAUUUUUGAGUUAUCCUCA